UAGAUCCUGAGUCUGUUUCAGCCUGAGCUCCUGGGAUCCUGUCACCAUGGAGACUGAAAGUGAGCAGAACUCUAGCUCCACUAGUGGGAGCUCCAGUUCUGGAGGAAGCACCCGUUCUCAGAUACCACAGAUGUCUCUCUAUGAGCGGCAGGCAGUACAGGCCCUGCAGGCACUCCAGAGACAGCCCAAUGCAGCCCAGUACUUUCAUCAGUUUAUGCUCCAGCAGCAGCUUAGCAGUGCCCAGCUUCACAGCCUGGCUGCUGUCCAGCAGGCUACAAUUGCAGCCAGUAGACAUGCCAGCUCCCCCAACACCAGCACCCCACAACAAACCACCACCACCCAGGCCUCUAUCAAUCUAGCCACCACAUCAGCAGCUCAGCUGAUCAGUCGGUCACAGAGCGUGAGUUCUCCCAGUGCUACAACCCUGACUCAGCCUGUGCUCCUUGGAAAUACCACCUCACCACCUGUCAAUCAGUCACAGACCCAGAUGUAUCUCCGGCCACAGCUGGGGAACCUGUUGCAGGUAAACCGGACCUUGGGCCGCAAUGUGCCUCUUGCCUCCCAACUCAUCCUGAUGCCCAACGGGGCUGUGGCCGCUGUCCAGCAGGAGGUGCCACCCACUCAGUCUCCUGGGGUCCAUGCAGACACAGACCAGGUGCAGAAUUUAGCUGUGAGGAGCCAGCAGACCUCGGCCACCAACACCCAGCUCCAAGGCCCUGCUCAGAAGGCAGCUCUGCCGGGCAUCUCCCAGCCCUCAGGGUUACCACAGGUCACCAGCACAGGCCAGACCUUGGCGGUGGCUCAGGCCUCUGGCAGCACAGGCCAGUCCCUCAACUUGAGCCAGGGGGCAGCAAGCAGCAGUGUUCCUGGGGGUGUGGUGACAAGUGGUGGAAGCCAGACCUCCUCUGCAGGCUCUGCUGGCAGCUGCCAAAGGAAAGGCACAGGAGUUGUUCAGCCAUUACCCAUAGCAGCUGCCCAGGCUGUGACUGUCAGCCAGGGAAGCCAGACAGAGACAGAUAAUGCAGGCACAAAGAAGGGCGAAACAGACAGUGGUGGACAGCAAAUGGUGGGCAUGAACCUGACCAGGACAGCCACACCAGCACCCAGCCAGACACUGAUCAGCUCAGCAACAUAUACGCAGAUCCAGCCCCACUCGCUGAUCCAGCAGCAGCAGCAGAUCCACCUGCAGAAGCAGGUGGUAAUCCAGCAGCAGAUUGCCAUUCAUCACCAGCAGCAGUUCCAGCACCGUCAGUCCCAGCUCCUUCACACAGCCACCCAUCUUCAGUUGGCCCAACAGCAGCAACAGCAUCAAUCACCCUCUCUGACCCAACAGCAGCAGCAAGCUCAGCCUCCACAGCAGCAGGCUCCACCUCAAAGCCAGCAGCAGGCUCAGACCCUUGUGGUGCAACCUAUGUUGCAGUCCCAGCCACAGCCUGUGCAGCUCCAGCAGGACAAUUCUUGCCAGCCAACCACCAAGUCACCUGUUCCAGUUCAGUCAAAAUCUCUGGUCACCCCCAUCAAACCACCUCAGCUUGGGCCUACUAAAAUGUCAGCAACCCAGCAGCCUCCACCACACAUCCCAGUGCAGGUGGUUGGUACUCGGCAGCAGGGCUCAGGCCAAGCCCAGGCACUGGGUUUGGCUCAGAUUGCUGCAGCAGUGCCGACAUCCCGGGGAAUGCCAGCUGUGGUCCAGCCUGUUUCCCAAGCCCAUGCUGCUUCCCCGUCCUCAUCUGCAGCUCCAGCAUCCUCACAGGAAGUUCCUCCUCUCACCACGGGGGUGAAUUUGGCACAAGUUCAAGGCACAGCCCACAUGGUGAAGAGCCCAGCCUCCUCUCCAGCUGUGGCUCAGAUGCCAGCAGCAUUCUACAUGCAGUCUGUCCAGUUGCCAGGCAAGUCCCAGACCUUACCAGUAAAGCGCAAGGCAGAGUCAGAGGAGGAGAAGGAGGAGUCAUCCAGUGUCACUGCCCUCUUGCCUGCCAGGUCCUCUCCUGUGAGAGACAGCCCAAAAAGGAUGGAGGAGAAGAGUGGCCUUGGAGAGAAAUCAGAUCCUGCUGCCACUGCAACCCCAAACACCACCUCAAGUGAAGGAGCAUCAGUCACCCCCACCUCCGCUUUCACCCCAAACCUGGCAAUGGUGUCACGACAGAUGGGAGACUCCAAACCCCCACAAGCCAUUGUGAAGCCCCAGAUCCUCACACACAUCAUUGAAGGCUUUGUCAUUCAGGAAGGAGCAGAGCCUUUUCCGGUGGGUUGCUCUCAGCUGCUGAAAGAGUCUGAGAAACCACUGCAGGGGAAGGCUCCUACUGGCCAGAGUGAAAACCUGUCCAGCAAUUCUCCAGGAGAGGACAGUGCUUCUAUUGAUAUUGAUAAGAAGGCAAACUUGCUGAAGUGUGAAUACUGUGGGAAGUAUGCCCCAGCAACUCAGUUCCGUGGCUCGAAGAGGUUUUGUUCCAUGACCUGUGCUAAAAGGUACAAUGUCAGCUGCAGCCAUCAGUUCCGGCUGCAGAGAAAGAAGAUGAAGGAAUUCCAGGAAGCCAACUACGCUCGUGUGCGCCGGCGGGGACCGCGGCGCAGCAGCUCUGAAAUCACUCGAACGAAGAUCCAGGGCAAGCGCCACAGGGGCCAAGAAGACUCAAGUCGAGGCUCUGAUAACUCCAGCUAUGAUGAAGCUUUGUCUCCUACAUCUCCAGGACCCCUGCCAGUAAGGGCCAGUCAUGGAGAGAGGGACCUGGCAAACUCUAGUAUGGCCCCACCUACCCCAGAUCUACAUGGCAUCAACCCAGUCUUCCUCUCCAGCAAUCCCAGUCGUUGGAGUGUGGAGGAAGUGUAUGAGUUCAUUGCAUCUUUGCAAGGGUGCCAGGAGAUUGCUGAGGAGUUUCGGUCACAGGAAAUUGAUGGCCAGGCCCUGUUGCUUCUGAAGGAGGAACACCUUAUGAGUGCCAUGAACAUCAAGCUGGGACCAGCUCUCAAAAUCUGUGCCAAGAUCAAUGUCCUCAAGGAGACUUAACAGCUCUGAAGCCAAAAAUCUCACUUUUACUCUGACCGCAGGGCAGCUGCCAGUUCUGGAGCAUCCUGCUGGAGUGGGGAAGAAUGGGGCAGUCCCCUUUGGUUUUGUUUUCAAGAAGAGUGAGAAGGAAGUGAACUGAUUGAAAUUGCCAUGCACAAGCCCUUGUCUUGG